AUGACUAGUCUCACUGCUAAGGAUAAAGCCAAUGUCUUGGCCUUCUGGAGUAAAGUGUCUGCAAAGGCUGACGACAUCGGUAUGGAUGCUAUUUCCAGGUUGUUGACCGUCUACCCCCAGACCAAGACUUACUUUGCCCACUGGAAGGACUUGAGCCCCGGCUCUGAAAACGUGAGGAAGCAUGGAAGAACUAUCAUGGCUGGAGUUGGUGAUGCUGUGACCAAGAUCGAUGACCUGAAAGGAGGUCUUCUCUCCCUCAGUGAGCUGCAUGCCUUCACUCUGCGAGUGGACCCUGCCAACUUCAAGAUUGCCUCCCACUGCAUCCUUGUGGUCAUGGCCAUCAUGUUUCCCAAAGACUUCACCCCUGAGGUCCAUGUGGCUAUGGACAAGUUCCUGGCUGCCUUGGCUCUGGCUCUGGCUGAGAAAUACAGAUAAACAGAUGG